GUUUAUCUGAGACAAUGGGCAAAGGACUUGAAUGCGCCGAUCCUGUCAAUAGACUACUCCCUCUCGCCAGAACAUCCAUUCCCUCGUGCACUGGAGGAGUGUUUCUAUGCUUAUGCGUGGGCUGUCAAAAAUUGCCGCAGUCUUGGCUCGACAGGGGAGGUAAUCUGCCUCGCAGGUGACAGUGCUGGAGGCAAUCUAAUGAUCUCCACGGCGAUGAGAGCAGCCUCGUUUGGGAUUCGAGUCCCGGAUGGGAUUGUGGCCGCGUACACACCUGUAUUGGUCCAUUACACACCGUCACCUUCUCGCAUGCUUUCACUGAUGGACCCCCUUCUUCCUGUUGGCAUUCUCGUCCGCUGCAUGGCCGCCUAUGCUGGUAUUCCUAAUGAUUUCCUGGACCAGCGACGUAGCAGUCGUGAUAUUGAGGAGGAGUUUGUUGUCAUAGAAACAGUGGACUGUGAAGAGGACAGCCCAUCCAGUGACUCGUACAUUCAGGACGAUAGCUCUUCAGUAGACAUUCUUAACAGAGUUACUUCCCUUGAAUCUCUCGACUCUGAUCUGGGUUUCCCUGUGUCUAAAACUAAUCAGAUUCUCAAUGUGGGGGAUAACGACUCUGCUGUCCUUGUGGUCGGGGGCAACCAGGUUCAAUCUGAUUCUGUGGCCGUAGAAACAGGUACUUUGGGACAGUCUGAUGCAGGUGUGAGUGAGAUGGCUUCUCCGGAUGAAUUCAACAGUGUGUGUCUGGACACAAGUGGGGGAAGCUCUUUAGCAGCCUCUACUCUGGGUGAUCUCCCCUUAGCUGAGGUGGCUGAUGAGCCAGGUAAACAGAUCUCUCAGUUAGAGCUUGCCAACAGUCGUCAGAGUCUACCCCCUCCUCGUCAAUCUCUACAUCUGAGUCUGCCAAGUUCUCCCACAAAACCUAAAAAAACUUUUCCUAUUAGUCCCAGUAUGCCAGCUAUUGGCAUUUCUGAUCGUCUUGGAUACAAGAAAGGAUUCAGUCCCGUAUAUGAGGCGCGACACCACAUAGAGAGUCCUGUGCGUAUAUUCCGAAGUCUUCCUAUAGUGAAAAACCCGUACAUGUCACCCAUGGUAGCCCCAGAUGAGAUGCUGGCGUCUCUUCCUCCACUCUAUCUGGUGGGUUGUCACCUAGACCCACUACUGGAUGACUCUGUGAUGUUUGCGAGAAAGCUGAGGAGUUUAGGCCGGACUGUAGAUCUGCACAUGAUAGAAGAUCUUCCUCACGGAUUUCUGAACUUCAGUCUCGUCAGUGCGGAGGCAAAGCUUGGAUCUGAUGUUCUUGUCGACAAGAUCCGAAAAGUUUUUCACUCUUCACUCAAAGAGGAACAAAACGAUACAGAAUCUGUAAAUACUUCGCCUCCUCACUGAACGCAUUCCAAACUUAAAGGAAUUGUCUCCUUUGUUUGUAUUAAAUAAUUAAUUUUAAUAGAUACAUUAUUUCAUUUCCCCUAUAAGCCCCCACGGCCGACCACACCGCCCAAUUCUCUCCUCUGUGCAAUUAAUUCUUUAUAUUAAUCACAUUUUAUUGUAUUUUGAACCAGAUCUGUGUAAAUGUGGCUGGAAAGUUCAAAGUCUUAACUUAAUACUACUUAAAUAUUGAUGUGUUAAUUCAUGUAUAUAAUCAAACAUGAUUUUAAAUAAUUCAUUAAUGAAUA